CAGAGCUAGGCGGCCUCCACUGAGGCAUUCUGGGAAUUGUAGUUCCGGCCCCAGCGGCGUCCGGGGUCGCUUCCGCUGCUGCAAGGCGAGGCUGCCUGGUAGUGGUUCUAGGGAGCUGAGGUUCUGGAGCUUCCUGUGCCCCAUCCUAUGUGUUCGUGCUCCCGGAGGUCCCCGCAGGGACCAGGUCUGCGGCCUGGGGAGAAACGGGGUGGCGGCGGCCGGGUCCGCUGUCGCUGGACUCUGCCUGAGGCGACGCUGAGGGGGAGUCUAGCUUCCCACGGGAGCCUGGAAGAACAGCUGUGAUGACAGAUGGCCAGUGUCCUGAAGACUUAAGUGCUUGCAUUCCAGAGCCCUGCCUUGUCCCAGAGAGGAGAAGAGAACAAUGACCAAGUUACAGGAGGCAGUGACGUUCAAGGACGUGGCUGUGGUCUUCAGCGAGGAGGAGCUGGGGCUGCUGAACGCUGCCCAGAGGAAGCUGUACCGAGAUGUGAUGUUGGAGAACUUCUGGAACCUUCUGUCUGUGGGAGGCCAGGGUCCAAACAAGAUGCAGAGUCUUCACGAAACAGGACUAAGGUGCCUCUUAACGGGGCGGCUUCCAUGCUGGCAAACGAUGAGCGAUGACGUCAAGAACCUGGUCAGAACCCCAGGUGCCGCAGGAAAGCCUCACUUCCUGGAGCAAUGUAACUCCUUCUGCCACAGGGGAGCAGAAGAGCCGCCCUGGGCCUGCCUGGGUGACGGCUGUCGCCUGGGUGACGGCUGUCGUGAGAGGCUCACGGGAGACCAUUCCAGCAUGACUGAAAGCCGAGCCUGCCUGUCUGGGAGAGCUCGGGGCUCUUGGAGGGAAACUCACCUUAGUGAGAGGCCGACCCAUCCGAGCCACUGCCAGCAGACGGCUUGCACUCCCCACCACGGCAGCGACAAAGGCGACAAAGCCCACAGCAGUGGCGACGACUGCAGCCCAGUCAGCUUUGCGGUGUUACCACACACCCUGCACCGUAUUUACACUGAAUGGAAAGCCCACCAGUGCAGCGAGGGCGAAGAAGCCUCCAGGCACAGCCCCAGCCGGGGACUCCAGCCGCAGGUCCCCAGCACGCUCCAGGACGCCGAGCACAGCCCCCGCGCCCCCGCGCAACGAGGCGGCCCCCCGGGGAGAAAGCGCUACUGGUGUCCCGCCUGCGGCAAGGGCUUCAGCCAGAGCUCCAAUCUGCAGACGCACCAGCGGGUGCACACCGGGGAGAAGCCCUACAGCUGCCCCGAGUGCGGGAAGAGUUUCAACCAGAGCUCGCACCUGUAUGCCCACGCGCCCAUCCACACGGGCGAGAAGCCCUACCGGUGUGAGCGCUGCGGGAAAGGCUUCAGCCGCAGCACCGACCUCAGCAUCCACGGCCGCGUCCACACCGGAGAGAAGCCUUACAAGUGCGAGGCGUGUGGGAAGGGCUUCACGCAGCGGUCCCACCUGCAGGCCCACGAGAGGACGCACACGGGAGAGAAGCCCUACCCGUGCGGGGACUGCGGCCGGCGCUUCAGCUGCAGCUCGAACCUCCACACGCACCAGAGGGUGCACACCGAGGAGAAGCCCUACCGGUGCGACGCGUGCGGCAAGCGCUUCAGCUUGAGCUUCAACCUGCACAGCCACCAGCGCGUGCACACCGGGGAGAAGCCCUACCGAUGUGAGGCGUGCGGCAAGGGCUUCAGCUCGGCCUCGAGCUUCCAAAGCCACCAGCGCGUGCACACGGGCGAGAAGCCGUUUUGCUGCAGCGUGUGCGGCAAGGGCUUCAGCCAGAGCUCGUAUUUCCAGGCCCACCAGAGGGUGCACACCGGGGAGAAGCCCUACAAGUGCAGCGUGUGUGGCAAGCGCUUCAACUGGAGCCUGAACCUCCACAACCACCAGCGCGUGCACACCGGAGAGAGGCCCUACAAAUGUGAGGCGUGCGGCAAGGGCUUCAGCCAGGCCUCGAACCUGCAGGCGCAUCAGAGCGUCCACACCGGGGAGAAGCCGUUCAAAUGCAACACGUGCUCCAAGCGGUUCAGUCAGGCCUCGCACCUCCAGGCCCACCAGAGGGUGCACACGGGCGAGAAGCCCUACAAGUGUGACACUUGCGGGAAAGCCUUCAGCCAGAGAUCCAACCUCCAAGUGCAUCAGAUCAUCCACACCGGGGAGAAGCCGUUCAAGUGUGAGGAGUGUGGGAAGGAGUUCAGCUGGAGCGCGGGGCUGAGCGCUCACCAGAGGGUGCACACCGGUGAGAAACCCUACACGUGCCAGCAGUGUGGGAAAGGAUUCAGCCAGGCCUCACACUUCCACACGCACCAGAGGGUCCACACCGGGGAGAGGCCGUACAUCUGCAGCAUCUGCUCCAAGGGCUUCAGCCAGAGAUCGCAUCUGGUAUACCACCAGCGGGUCCAUACUGCGGGGAACCCUUAGGAGCUCUGUGUUGCCAACCCACCCAAGGCAUCUCGUCUCCCUGGAAACCCGUGCUGCUGAUUGUUUAGGGUUCCUCAGAACACAGAGCCUUUGGAGACUUCACAGGGGAGAUGCGCUUCUGUUUUGGAGAUCGGUUCUUUACAAAUGUCGGAAGUCACAGAUGAGAGGGAAAUGGCCCUAUCCAUGUGUAAUCGCCACGUACAAGAGUUGCCACCCUCGGGAUUUGACACAGCAGGGAAAUCUCAGCGUCCAUCCAGGUCUUUGCAGAGAGGCCACAGGAAGGGCUUUAACCAAAGUGGGAGAUUGGCAAGUGUUGACAGGCGCCACUUCAUCGUAGGAAAUAAUGCUCCUCUGUCCUCUGCUAUACAGAGCUGUGUGGCUCAGGCCCCAGAGUUCCUGAAGUGGAGAAGGACUCUAUAAAUAAGACUCGUGUUUGAAAACGCUAGCCAGUCCUCAACCCUGCGUUCAUACUGAUUCAUAUUCGUCAGUAAUCCCUUAAGGAGCCUUAAAUCAUCUUCCAGAAAGCACCAGCUUCCCACUCACAUCUGUAGUGUGUGGCCUGCCCCUUCCAGCCAUGGUGCUUUGUGAGGCAUAACAAGUCUGUACUAUGUUAUUCUUAAUAUUUGUACUUUAUAGACUAGAACACUGCUUUUUUUCUAAAAAACAAAAAUCUGUAUUUAUGAGACUAAUAACACGAACAGCAACAUAUUUCAUUGGAAUUAUGGGCCCUGAGUUCCUUGGGAUGGGAUUUUUACUGUAACCAACACUGCAGAUGUUUUUACAAAGUAUUUGCUGUUGACAAAUAGGUUCUUAGUAAACUUGACUAGUUAAGAA